AUGAGCAGUCAUAGGCACACCCAUGCGGAUCGCAAUUUCUUGGAAACAAUCAAGAAUUCUGCUGACGAAUGGAUACACAAACUCGAGGACAUCCUCACAAAGGAAGAUUAUACGUCCUUUAAAAAUAAUGGCAUGUCUGUCAAACACCUAAUGGCAUGGACAAAAUUGAAGGACAUUAUGCUCAGUAAAGUUAGUUUCAUGAAGAGCACGGCCGCGCUCUCAGCCCUGCGCCCCAUCCCGCCGGGCGUGGCUCCAGCGCGCCCUCCGGUGGCUUCUUACAGGCGCCGCGUCCGAAAUCUCCACGCCCACCUUGCCCCCCUCUCCGCGCCCCGCUUCUAUUCCAGGCAGAUUUACUGUUCGGUUACAGAAGCGCAUCUUGAGGAAGACAAUGAAGUUGACUCCGUUCUCCUCACAGCCUCCAAGAUCCUAAAUGCCUCUGAGGGGGUAAAGGGCAGCGGUGAAAAUGAAGCAGAAUGUGGCUACAGAGCAGAAUCAGAAACUCAAGUCCAACCGCGAUCAGCGUUGAAAGCUCUUCAGCAUCAACUGGAAUCAUUUCAGGCUCUCCGAAUACAGACUUUGCAGAAUGUUAGCAUGGUGCAAUCUGAAAUCAGUGAAAUAUUAAACAAAAGUAUUAUUGAAGUAGAAAAUCCACAAUUGACACCAGAAAGAAAUCAAGCUUCCAGGACACUCAUUGCAAAUGAUUUGCCUACAGAGGACGAAGAAGAAACCUUCUCUGGGGGAGAAACGCACCACAGUGAGGACUCCAGAUCUCUUCAGUCCGCAGAAGAAAAGCUAAGGAGUGACAGUGCUAACAGUGUCUCUCAAGAUCGAAGCACUCCCUCCCACAUACAUUUCAAGGACACACUAGCGCUGAGAACAUCAACAGAUAACAUUACAGCGUCAAAUGUAAGUGUGAACACUGCAGGAAGUGCCAACAUGCUGAAAAACCUUAACAAUCGCUAUAGUUUCCCGCCUAACCCACCUGAGAACGGAGUGUCCCCAGCUGUUACGGUCGUUCUGGACGAAUCCACAAUUACGCUGCCUUUUCUCAAGCACGGACGUUGUGAAAACCUGGAUGACAUCUGCCAUUCUAUCAAACACAUGAAGGAAGAGCUUCAAAAGUCACACGAUCGGGAACUGGCACUUACAAAUGAACUUCAGACUUUAAAAAUGGAUACAAAUGUGCAGAGUAAGGACAAAUAUGAUCUGUCCCCCAUUCACAAAGAAAAAGCUAAUUUUGUUAAGGAAGAAGAUAUUGAAAAUAUCUUAAGUGAAGAUAAAAAAUCUAAAAGAAUUAAAGAAUUGGAGGCAUUGAUAAACAAAUUACUUCCACUCCGACAAACAGUAUCAAAAGUUCACGUGAAUUUUUGUAGGAAGUGUAAAAAAUUAUCUAAGAGUGAAUUGCACAGGGGAAAGAAGAGUGAGAAACAUAAUAUAGACAGUCCCAUCACUGGCAAGGAUCUUACAGAUUUAAGAUGCUGUUCUAGGGCCACAGGAGAUACGUUUUCAUUCCUUGAGCAAACAAAACACACAAAGAAAGACAAAGACAUGCAGUCAUUCAUAGUAAAAAAAGGACCAGCUGUCUAUGAAAGUGAGAAGACAACUAAAGUUCAUUCUGUGACUGAGCAGUGUGUUGCAAAAAUUCAUUAUUUACAGAAUUACCUAAAAGAAUCUCUGCAGCUACAAAAACAAGUGGCAGAACUAGAGAAUGAAAAUCGAACUCUUAAAACCAAAAUAAAGCCUCUUGUCUCUACCACACAAUCUCUGAUUCAGAAAAUUGACACGUAUGAAAAGCAACUUAAGAAGUUGUCUGAAGAAAACAACACUAUUCAAUGCAAGUUGACCAAAUCAGAAGAAGAUGGCGAAGAGUAUCUUAAAGAAUUGAAAAAUAUGAUCCGUAACUACAAUGUCCUCCAAUGUCAAAAUAAAACUCUGGAGGAAAAAAACAGUCAACUUUCUCUGGAGAAACAACAACUGAUAGAAUCGUUAGAUCAACUAAAAAGCAAGGAACACAAAACUCAAAAUGAUUUUGCCAUUGUCAGUAAUGAAAAUAACCGAAUGAGCAUAGAAAUGGAAUCAAUGAAAACAAAUGUUCGAUUGCUAAAAGAUGAAAAGGAAAUGCUAGACAAAAAAACAUACCAACUUCUAAUGGACAAAAGCUCCCUGGAACAGGAAUUAAAAGAAAGCCAGCUGGAAAUACUGCAACGAAGAGAGACAGAGAGGCUGGUGAAAGCUGAGCAAGAGACCCUUCUUCAAAUAAUAGAGACACUUAAAAGCGAAAAACUUGAUCUUGAAACAGCAUUAGAAGAAUCUACUGCUGUGAGACAAAUGAUGGAGAGAGAAGUGGAGAAUUUUCAAACGUAUCAAAACACUGCACAAGAGACUUUCCUCAAAGAAAUAAAAAAUGCCAAAUCCGAAGCAAAUAUUUAUAAGAAUAGCUUGUCAGAAACAACCAAGGAAUGUGAAAUGUUGUCCAAAAUGGUGAUGGAAAUCAAAACGGAUAAUCAGAUUCUAAAAGAAGAACUGAAGAAACACAGUCAAGAAAACGUCAAAUUUGAAAACAGCAUCAGCAGGCUCACUGAAGACAAACUACUGCUAGAGAACUACGUGAGAAGCAUACAAAACGAGAGGGACGCCAUGGAAUUUGAGAUGCGGAAUCUUCAACGGGAAUAUUUUCAUUUGAACGAUAAAAUAGGUAAUCAGCAUAAUGACCUACCAAAAAUGACUUAUAUCUCAAGAAGGGAGAAAUACCAUUUUGACAACUCUGACGGUUAUGAAGAAACUUCCAGCCCUAGGAGCAGAACUUUAGCGUCUGAUUUGAAAGGUGUGUAUAUUGUAGUAGAUUAG